AUUUUAACGGUGAUGGUUGAUUUUACAUUCAUAUUAAAAUACGAGCGUUACCGACUAAAAUGUAAGCAUGGCUUAAUACUACUCACAGUCGCACUAGAGUAGUGCCUGCAACGACGUCGUUUACACUGUAUUGACAAAAGUUCUUAAACCCCUGCAACUGAUCUCAUCAUCUUCUCCGACGAGGACAUCAAUUUCCAAUGACAAAGAAACAACCAAAAUCCGACGCAACUCGCCGUCGCAACCGAGUCGACUCGUCAACUCGGCAACCUAAACCCCCAAAAUCCGAUCCCAACAACUUCCAUGGCAGCAACAACCACCAUUUCCUCGCCAUCAUCGCCGUCGUCUUCGUCGUAUCUUCCGCCAUAUCCGCAUUCUUGUACCGCCGUAUUAACCACCCUUCUCUUCCUCCUUCAUUUGCGCAUCAACGAGGUCUCGUCAAAGAAGAUGUCACUUUCCAGGAGAUCCUCACUGAGAAUUCUAGGGUUUCUGAAAAUGUUACUCAACGGCAUUUCACCAAUCCUGUAUUAGCUUACAUUACGCCUUGGAACUCGGCUGGUUAUGAUCUAGCAAAAAGGUUCUGCCCCAAGUUUACACAUCUAUCUCCUGUAUGGUACGAUCUUAAGAGUCAAGGGACAAAAUUAGUUCUCGAGGGAAGACACAAUGCUGAUACAGGAUGGAUGUCUGAGCUGAGACUGAGAGGAAAUGCUCAGAUUUUACCAAGAGUAGUCCUUGAAGCAGUGCCAAAGGACCUGCUCAGAAGCAAGAAACAAAGGGACAAAGCUAUUGACCUGCUUAUAACAGAGUGCAAGGAUAUAGGCUAUGAUGGGAUUGUCCUAGAAUCUUGGUCAAGAUGGGCUGCUCAUGGUGUUCUCCAUGAUGCUUCUUUGCGAAAAUUGGCACUACAAUUCGUAAAGCAACUUGGAGAUUCCCUGCAUAAUGUCAGGUCACAAAGGAAUGGUCAGCCACUGCAGCUAGUGUAUGUCAUUGGUCCUCCAUAUUCAGAGUCUGAGAAGCUUCAAGCUCAUGAUUUUGGACCAGAGGAUUUGCGGACCCUCAGUGACUCUGUAGAUGGUUUCUCACUAAUGACAUAUGACUACUCAAGUUCUUAUAGUCCUGGUCCUAAUGCACCACUGACUUGGGUUCACUCCACGAUAAAACUCCUCGUUGGUGAAGGUGGAAAGAGCCUUGCAAACAAGAUAUUUGUUGGAAUCAAUUUCUAUGGGAACGAUUAUGUAGUAGCUGAAGGUGGUGGUGCUCGAGCAAUUACCGGCAGGGACUAUCUCUCUUUAGUGGACCAAUACAAACCCACCAUGAGGUGGCAAAAGGACUUUGCGGAGCAUUUCUUCGUGUAUUCUGAUGAUCAACAUCACGAACAUGCAGUCUUCUAUCCUACUUUGAUGUCAAUAGCAGAGCGACUAAAGGAAGCACGUUCAUGGGGGGCUGGCAUCUCAAUCUGGGAAAUAGGCCAAGGACUAGAUUAUUUCUUUGAUCUUCUUUAAGCACACUUCUAACCCAACCCAGCGUUUUACCUGAAGUUACUGUCUUAUCUAUCUAGGAUAGACUAGUGUAUUAGCCUAGUAAUAGCUUUGCUUGUUAAGCUGUUCUAGGAUGUAACAGGCUUGACUCAAGCUCACUGAAAAGUUUACAGAGUUGGAUAUAAAGAGUAGAAAAAGGUUGGUUCGAUUGUACGAAGUAUAUCUAAGUUAAUUAUGGCAUGAUUUGCUAAGUUCUAUUCUUUGUACACUUGACAUUUGUGAACUUAGUGUUAUGAUGAGCUUGCAUUCAAAU